AAACUGAACCAAUGGCGUGGAGUUCUUGGCUGGGUCCUGCAACAUUAUGACUGCGCUGAUAAAAUGCCAGCUAAAAUCAUGCAAAUGUGCAUCCUUCUCUACUCUAAAGUGGGCGAACACACCACAAUGCAGGAUGCAGGCCACAUGUGGCUCCACUGUCCUGAGAACAGCAGCGUAUCUGGCUAUGCCACCGUUGCAGAGCUGUACCUUCUGCAUGUGCUCAUCCCCCUGGGCCUGGCAGAGGAAGCCCAGCGGCUGGUGUCGGAGGAAGUGGGCAAUGUCGCGUUUACGACAGAGCAACGGCAGGUGGCGCUCGACUUAUUAGAGAGACAGAAACAGACUGAGGGGAGAACGCCCUCUUCCAAUCCAGGCACUGAGGAAGGUUCACAGAUGACCACAAAGCCUACUCUAGGUCCUGUGGUCCGGAAGCUGCUGGCGAUGUUGAGACUGUUACAAAGUGGGAUCUCUUCAGUCAUGACCAGAUGGAGGUUCAUCCCUGCCCGACGUCUUCUGUUGGCCGUGCUGCUGCUUUAUCUGCUGCUGGUCAGAAUGGACCCUGCUCUUCCGUCCUCGUUCCCCUGGGUCUUCAAACUGCUUGGGCUCCUCAGACAGAUGUGGCACGCCAUGUUUGGGCCAUACUACAGAGCCAAUGCAACCGCCUGAACUUGAAGCCAGUUGGUUUUUGUUGUUAUAUGACCCAAAGCUGAUGCACUUCAUAGACUCUGUGAAAAACAAGUAUUCUGUGUGUACAUGUGCGUUGCAAUGAGUUGUGAUGGAUGGAUGACGGUGU